AUGAGCCCACCAGAUCAGAAAGGAAGCAGCCAAAGCAGCAAGAUGCCAAAGCAGAAGAGCUCCCUUCGAGACCGUCUCGCCCGCGCCAUCGCCGGACCUCCUCGGAUCCCGACGAGCAGCCGACCGUUCGAGGCAUCCACACGGCCAACGACGCGUGACCAACGGCGCAACAACGAGCCGCUCAGGCGGACGACACGCUCCCGCCAGGAACGGCUGUACGCCGAGGCACCGCCAGCGGCCGACAACGGGCGAAGUAUAUUGCUUGCCACAUUUGGGUCCACGUUGUCGGACCUGGACGACGACGACGACGAUGGAGGUGAGUCGACCGCCGCACCGGAGGAGCGCGCGACGCCCGGGCCGAUGCCCGACAUCGCGUCGCUACGCAUCGCGGGGCCCGCCGCCGCGACUCCACCAGCACCGGCCACACCACCACAAGCGGCAAUAUCAGAGCCCGCACCGCCUCCACCACCGGCCCGGCCGCCAUCCGCCGCUGCCGAAACCGCCACAGCAGAGCUGGCGCAGCCGCCGCUGCCAACGCCACCGCCGACGCCGCCUGCCUCACCCGGGUACUUCACCCGGCCGCAACCGACGCUGGCACCGACACCGCCUCCGACCGGGUACUUUACCCAGCCAGCGCCGCCACCAUCAUCACCCGCGCUGUCGCCAUCGCCGCCAGCCCCCGGACCAUCCGCUAUUCCCAGCGAAGUCCUGCGGACCAUACCGUGGGAGCGCAUACUGCCGGGUCGCCGCUACCGCCACCAGGCCCUUGGGCACCGCAUCGUGGUGAAACAUCAGCUCGACGGGUCCUGGUAUAUUCGCUAA